UAGGCAUCACGUGAUUCGUCAUGGCGGCCCGAGGCUGCUAGCCUCUGUCGGUCGUUCGGAAAUUCUCGCCUUCACUUCUGAAGAAAAUUCCCCUUUCAACGUCCACCUUCUUCCGCCGUCACCAUGGCAGGCACCACGACGUCCAAGUGGACCGUGACCGCGACCACCCUCGUAUCCGUGCUAGUCAUAUUCUACGCCAUAUACUACAAGAAACAGGCCGACGACGUUCUACGCGAGAGGCUGCAGCAAAUACUCGACGGGCUGCUCAAAGCCGAGAGUCAAGUCUCCGUGGCGCCCAAAACCCGCAUAGCCAUCGGCUUCGGCUCCUGUCAGGACCUGAUCGUUCAGAGUUCCGAACUGUUCGCCCACAUCGAGCCGCCCGACGACCCGGAACACAUCGAUGUCAUCGACAGCGAGCGCGAUCUUCAGCGCGUCUUCGCCUACUACUUCCGUCACGGGGCAGCGGCCGAGCGCUUUGUUUCCAACGCGACUCUAUUCGCCGAGCUCGUCAAGGCGGCAAAGAGCGCCGACAGUGCGGAGUUCCACAUCGGGGGCAACGCACCUUUGAUGGCACGGCGCUUUGCCUAUGAGGGCUGCGAAGUGCUCCUCGGGGCUCACAUGUCGCCUAAGCUGCGUGCCGAGCUGCCAGAGGGCAUCACUGUGGCGGGGCCGGAAGUGAGUGACGACGAGGUUCACCUGCUCCUCGAGUACCCGGCCGGCGAACGGUGGGGCCAUCUUCACUCUCCACGUGCCAACAGGUUCAUUAUCCACAAUGACCACACCAAUCCCAAGUUGGCCUCCAUCGAAAGCUUUGUGCCGGAGCUGGAAAAAUUCAAGCCGAAGCUGUUGGUUGUGUCUGCACUUCAGAUGAUGGACAACUUCCCGUUUGAGAAAGGCCAGAGACAGAAGCAUGUCCGUGAGGUACAAAACCUGAUGAAACACGCUGACCAGUCCAUGCCGCUGCACUUUGAGAUGGCCUCGUACACGGACACGUCACUGCUGCACGAGCUUGUCGAGCACGUGCUGCCGUACGCUGACUCAUUGGGCAUGAACGAGCAGGAGCUGCCCAACCUGCUGAGCAUUCUGAAGUACGGCAACGUCUCCUAUGUGUCCGACUCGUACCCCCGGGUCGCCACCGUUCUCGACGCCAUGCGCGACGUCUAUGAGUUGCUGAAGGCGAAUUCUCCGAAGAAAGGCAGCACCAGUCCAGAAGACAAAGGCCGAAGGCCGCUCACCCGCCUACACAUCCACACGCUCGCCUUCCAGGCCAUCCUCGUUGCCAACGACUCACCGUGGAAGAACUCGCUCGCCGCGGCCGCCAAGGCGGCACUCACCGCCCACCGUUACACCUGUGGCUCGCACGACAUUGACACAACGCAUGCACGGGUAAUCAUGGAUGACUCGUUCACAACGAGCCGCGGCAAUGGUGGCCGCCGCAUACCAUUCAACAACAAACGGCCCGUCGCCUGCUGGCAGGAGCGGGACUUCGAGAUCUGCGUGGCACCUGUGCUAGUGUGCACUAAGGUCCUCCAUACUGGUGGAGGUGGGGACAACGUGUCGGCCGCUGGUAUAGUACUCCAAGUCUAGCAGCAGCUCCGGGCUGACCCUGAGCCAACGACAGCCAAAUUGCAAGCCAUGUUGUAUAGUAGCAAACUUUUGGAAGUUAGGGGCGUUUUGGACCCUGCCACCAGUGUGGAAUAAUUGGCACCGCCAACUCCGUGUUUUGGUCUUUUCUUGACUGGGAGCAAGUGACGGUUGAGGUUUUAAGAUGUCUUUUGAUGGGCGGUGUUGGGAGCCUGUCAUAUCCCUAUCCAAAUAUAUAGCUUGUAAAACUUUAUUCCUAUCACAAGGAAGCUGCUAAAGAUUGCUUUCGUUGAGCUGGUUACGUUAAUAGUACCAGGCAUCAGCUACUUGCUGUGUUGAGGGCAUUGAAAGCUGUGAAAUGGCAGUGCUUAUUGCUGUAGUUGUUAAUUGGUCGUUGUAGAGGCAGUUGUACAUUGUAGCUUAUUGUAUUUGUUGCAAUAGAUGUUUUCAAAAACUUGGUUCUUUUAUCAGCCGCAUCACAAUCCUGUCAGGGUUUAUGGUCUUUGAUUGGUCUCCUCUAUAUGAUUGGUCUCCCCUAUUGUGCAACAAUUCCUUCUUCAGCUUUGCGGUGUUAAAGAAUACAUUCCUUGGCAGUGUAGGCCGCAUUUUUUUAGGCUGACUUCAUUUUUCUCUGCCUUUCUUGCUUUCUUGUUAAGUUUCGUUGGUUUAGUUAAACUUGAGUGACAUGCAUAUCGCAGUGCAUUAUAGAAUGCGUAGCGCUCCCAACUUUUGACCAGUCUUUUCUUUUUUCUUUUUAAGUAUAAUGUAGGUCUGGCUUGCGAGCUGGAUCCACCAUUCUUUACACGUUGGAAGCAGCCAGCAGUUAGGUUAGGUUAGACAGCCUAUUUUCUGGACUAUAGUCCGCAGGGGCACCCACUCUAUAGUCUGCAGGAAUGAAUUUCGACUGAAUAUAUAAGCUUCCUUUUUCGGUUUUUGCAACCAGCAGCAUCAUCAGCAAAAAAAAAAAAAUUGUAUAAUCAGUCAGUUUGUUUCCUUUAUUAGAGUGCACAUUAUUAGACUUUAAUAGAUAAAAGCGCUACGUGAGUUAACAUGGUAAAAUAUUACAGGUGCAUUUAGUGUGGAUUUUCUUCAAGUGUAUCUACGACGGACACCACACAGGAAAUUGAUCUGAGCUGUUUAGUAAAUUGCCCUUUCACAAUACCAAGAAAGUCACUCUUAUCGGGAGAAGAGACCUGAUAAACCAGAAAAAAUUGCAACAACGAAAAACCGGUGGCAAAGCUUCCUUGAAAUUCCCGCACUAGCUAGCCGUGACAUAAUGAAUGUUUGCGCUGUCUCCCAGGUCAUAGGUAAACUUUUAUCGGUAAGAAUGAAUGAUGUAUUCUAAAAGAGCCAAAGACUGAACUGGGGAAGUUUCUAGAACUUUUUCUGAACCAUGGCCGAAAUACGAAAAAAUACUAUGUUAUGUGUGGUGCCGGCCCAGGGUUCUCAGCGCAAAAUUCGAAAAUGAAACUUCCACGUUCAUUUUCUCUUAAUAUAAUGAACCUAUUAUUGCGAAAUCAAUGAAACUAAAGUUCAUGAAUAUUUCAUUAAUCUAAACUGAUUCAGUCUUUCUCUUUAGUGUCUCUCCGAAAGGUUAGUAAUGUAUAUUCAGCAUCAUGUCGAAUUUCAACUUUUAAGUAGUCUGCGGACUAUAGUACUGAAAAUAUGGUACUUUAUCUGUUGUCUCAAGACCAUUUGUGGUUCCCCACUCUCGUCUACCAGUUUACCGCUUCAUAACCGUGAACGAUGUAAGCCUGCCAAGAAGUUUUCAUGCACAGCUGGUGUGGAGUUGUUGCCCCAAGUUCAUCAGCAGCUGGCAGUUAUGAACCUGAAAAGUGGGGGCACUUGAAAAGCCAGAGUAGCUACGCACAACUUUCUCGUAAAAAGCGCGCACAGCUGAAAGUGCUGGCAAGUGGUGCUGAUGGCUGUCUAAAUACUGGCAGUCCCAAUCUUUACUAUAGACCACAAGGGUACCAUUGCGCAAAUUCCUGUUACAUCGGCCAUUCCUGAAUGCACCCAUGUUGGGCUGGUAUUUCUUGUUGACCAGACUACUAUGUCUGUUCUCAAACAUGAAGGUGCAUACAGUUGACUUGUGAUAAUACAAACUUGGAUAACUUAAACUUCUGCCUAAUUAGAACAGAUCUUGUAAUUUUGUCUAGCCAUUUUAAUUCAAAUGAGGCUUUCAAUUAGGCAGAACUUCUCUUUCUUUGUCUUCCAAGUCACACUGACCUUCAGAAAUGGCUAGCGCAGUGGCCAUUGUGCUCGCUCGGCUGCCAAAAAUACAGUGAGGAGACUGUCGGUAGGGCAUAAGUUGUCAAAAUAUACUUCUGUUUUAUAUUCAGACCAUCGUGUAGAGUUGAUAAAGAAUGUUCACAGGGGACACCUUCGGCGAAAAAAGAAAAGGGAAUUUCCACUCGCUCAAUACGCGAUUUACUGCAUGUUGUGUAAAUAAAGCCAGCCGUUUGAGGACAGUACAUGGCAUCAUUGUGUUGUGACUAAGGAAGGUGAGAUGGGGGGGGGGGAUGUCAGUGUUGUCCUUCAAUAGAGUACCGAAAUAAUGAUGAUGAUGAUAUUAAAGCUUGCAGGCAAGCAGAGGCAAGCUAAGCAUUCAGUGAAACAAGCACAUGCCCAUAAAAUGAAAAGAGGUGCCUUUAAGACAAAGCUGCUUGGUUCGGUUCACUGCUUCUAGCUUGUCAUACCAGAUAGAUCGUCUCAGAGUCCCUUAUCAUAUGAGCAAGCAUUGCGCUGAGCGAUAUUGUAUUGAACUAGAGCGCUCGUUCAUUCAAUAUUUUUAACGUUUGCGGGGCCCGCAGAUGUGUGCAGUUUUUCUUACAUGCAUUGCGCCAUUUAUCCACCCCGUGCUGUGGAAGUUAUUGCCGAGCCAUAUACAGCAGAAUGUCACCAACGCAUUUGAAAAUUGUAAAAGAAGAAAAGCCUGUUAUCUUGAGAAAGUGCAAUAUUACUUAAGGUAGUAUUUGGGCCUGUAGGUGUGCCAUUAGUACUAGCGGGUUAUGGACAAUGAGGACAGAAAGAAACAAAAUGCAGUAGAACCUCGUUCAUACUUUUUUUCACUAGAAAAAUGUACGACCCAAAGUCAUUAAAAAAUUUGGCAGACACGACUGUAGUUGACGUCUAUGUAAUGUGAAGCGUUGAACAUAUCGUUGCAGCAUAAGAUGCUGAUGAGCACGAAGUAGGGUGGGCUCAAGAGGCUCUAGAUGCGUGUUGGUUUUCAGCAAGCUUACGUUUGCACUUCUCUAAAUUCAGCCUGGGUCAGCAGCUUCUUCGGGCGGGGCAUUUUGGUGGGAAGUUUUGACAUGCCCACUUGGCGAGAAUUGUUGCGGCACAAGAUGCCGACGUGUAAUUGGGCUUGUGGGGGCCGAGUGACCCAAGACACGCUUUGUUUUCUUAUCGCGUAGUGUUUUGAGAUGGCGACAGUAGGAAACAAACGAAAUCGCGCAGGUGGGCGAUGCCUGAAUGCGAUGCCGCCAGAUCGUCGAAACACGAUGCUCAGUCCGUGCUGCCUGCAGCAGGGAACAGUGGCGUGUUUGAGUUAGUGGCUAUCGAAAACGUGCAGUACGCUUCCAUAAGCACUACGUCACAUGCUGUGAAACAGAUAAGUGAAGAUGCUUAUCGCAGUUAGGUUGGCGGCGACAGAUUUGAAUGUGACUUGCGAGAACUCGCAAGGAGAUUUGCUGGUGCCUGAAGACGAAACGUGAGGGAGUGCCGGCAUUUUAACCUGACACAGGUGGGCGAAUACUGAGGGGAGGGUACUGUGGUGGGCGCCUACUGCUAUAGAUGUUGCAUACCCCCCCCCCCUUUUUUUUGUUUGCAUAGAAUCUAACUGCCAGAAAGUGUAUCAUACGAUUGCAGUUUGGCAAUGUACUGAAUGUUCUUACUGAAAGAUAGUGUUUUCCAGUAGCGUAUUAAGUGGUAAAAAAAAAAAGCCUAACUGUAUUGGGUCAUUUUUUUUAGUUCUCAAUCGCAAGCGUUGGUGCCAGGAAAUUGUACAAAACAGGAUUGUAUCAACGAGGUUCUACUGUAAUACACACAUAGCACUAAUUAACAAUUAUUUCGAGAUACCAUGGUCAUUUUUCCAUAAAGCAGGUACUGUGCAUCUGACAAGGUAGAAAACCAUAUUCACCAUAUGAAUAAUCUACUCUUUGAAAAUAUGCUUUCCAAGAAUGCAAAUUCUUUCGCUGAUGACCAUUAUUAAUACCACACGGAUAUCCUCAUGUAUUUUCUCCGAUACGAUCUGUACACCUACGAUCCAAAUCGCUUAUUUUGCCUGUUCUAGAAACAUAUGAACUGGGAAAGUCAGUAUGAGUGAGGAGUGUAUCAAUAAUGUUCUACUGCAAUUUUCCAUUUGUGCAAGACCCGCUUCUCAGGAUGUAAUUUUUACGUUGUGUCGCAAGGUUGUCAGACAUAUUAUUAAGAAAGCAAAUAGCAAGGCAUUCGGCUAAAAGCAAAGCGUUGGUUAAUUUUUUUGGUAGGAGGCAGCAACCCUUUCCUCUAGUAACAAUGUACAUAUAUUUUCUUUUGUGCAUCAGAUAUGGCAUAAAUUAUGCUUAUCUUGGAAGGUGUGCUUGAAUGUUAUGUCUUGUGAUAAAUGGGAUCAGGCUUUCUCGUUAAAUGCCGCAACCCUUUCCGGUCGAUUUCUUUUUCCAAUUUAUCUCUUUCUAAUUGCUUUUUUCCAACAGGAGUUGAAUAUGUGAGAUUCCUUCAUAGGGAAAAGUGACAAAUGUGUUUUUUUCAUUGAUGUGUGUUUUAUGUGUGAAAGAUGGAAUGAAGCCAAGCACUUGGGCAUUGAAUUUUGUAAUGAUGAGUUUGUGUGCAUUAUUGAGUGUGGGUUGUUGGAAAUGUUUGCAAGUGUGUAUAUACUCCUCGCCAUAAAAGUUUCUUGGAGCGUGAUAUCUGGGAAAGAAUAAUAUUUGGUCAUAGCCAAUGUGUUCAUACCUGAAAGGGAGGUGUGCUGUUUUCAGAUCCUAAAGUAUUAGAAAAAGUAAAAGGUUAAAUAAAUUUGCAUAGUAUAGGCUGUAGCAACAUGUGUUUUUUGCAGGAAUGUACCUGAAAACGAUAUAUUUAUAAACAAAAAAAGUUGGUUACAUUUGGCAGGUGGUGCUUCAUUUGUGUUGCGACAUUAGUUGGGCUGUGACAGUGCCACCUUUUGGAGACAAAUGUAACAACUCUGGCUAUAAGAUCUUUUGUUAUUGAAAUAAGAUAUUUAUUUCUUUUUAUUUAUGUAAAAUUGCAUCUUAUGAUUUAUACCUUCCAAAUUUAAUUAAAUAUACUUUUGUAAACCUAGUACUGUCAAAUUUGAAGCUCCUCACCUUUUGCUAAAGCAGUAACAUAAUUGAACAUUUUCCAUAACUUACAUGCUCCAAAACCUUUUUGUGGUCAGGUGUACAUGUAUGAAGUCUACAGAGCCUUCACUCACUCUGCCAUAUAUAUGUAUAAAGUGAACCACAUGUUUCAACAAACAGCUAAACAGCAAUUCUGACUUAUAAGUUGCUAAAGAAUCUGAGAUGUUGUUAUACCUGGCCCGACUUCCUUAUUAACUAGGCUCAGAAUAGCUCACUUCCUGCACGGAGAUCUAAUUUCAGACUGUAGUACUGACAACUUGCAAUAAUUUUACCCCAGUAGGACCCAAAUUUGCAUUACACAAAAAUCUGAAUUAGAUGAAAUGUUUAAAAUGCACAAGCCCCUUUUGGUGCAUUAAAACAGGGUUGAGUUGAAAAGAAAAUAUGGUUAACCUAACGUCAAAUUAAUGGAAGCCAACUGUGUUCGUGCAUUUGGCUUGUAUAAUUGCCUGAUUCAUCAGGUAGUUCAUGAAACUAUUCAUAUAAUCACCAGUAGUACAAGGUGAAAGUUAAGUUACCAACACGAAAGAUCAGGUAUAUUGUGGCUGUGCCCAUAAGUGGCAGUAGAAGUUUGCUGGGCUAUUUUGAGCCAUGUCCACAGGUGGCAGCCGUUUCAUUUGUAAUGGACAAACCAACAAAGUAAAUUAUUGUAAAUUCAUUUGCAUACAAAAUGAAUGGUAAAAUGCAAUCUGUACGCACCAUUUUAGUUCUAACAGGCCAUUGCUAACAUGGAACAUGAUUGAGCUGUUUGUUUGAUUGUGUCAAUCACUGUACAUUUUUUUUUAAUUUGAUUGCUGUAUAUGCAUUGGAAAUUAACCUUGUACUCGCUUGCAUACUGCAAUCCAUAAGUUUGGUUUUCAAGUGGUACUAAGUGCUUGAAGGUAUGCAGAUAUGUAUGCCGCAUUGCUAUACAGAUUCUUGUACCUGUUUCAAUGCAGCCAAACGGAAAGUAUUGGCAUUGGCAUUCAUCAGAAAGCAAGCAGUACAGUCAAAUCUCAAUAUAACAUUGAUGUAGCAACUUAUCUGAUAUGCCAAAGUAAAUCUAAGAUGUUUAUAAUAUAUGCUUAUAAUAUCAGAUAUAGCGGAGGUAUUUUUGUGUUGCAUUCGUCAGUGUUAUAAUGAGGUUCUACUGUACCAGGGCACCAAUAAGUGCUUUAGCUCAGUUCUGUCUUUUGAAUCGGCUUGAAACGUUAUGGCACUUACUUACGAAGAUCCUGCUUAAUGGUCUUUCUUUUUUUCUUCUAUCUUAGGGCAUUUUACAUUGGCAUUCAUUCCUAAGUCUCGUGUAUCAUUGCUAAACCUUUUUUUUUUUUUUGGCGUAGUUAUUGGGAGGCCGGUUAUUGUUCCAAGAAUGUUUGAUGAGAGCUUAGCAAGUUCGUCAAGUAUACAGAUAGCUUGUGUUCAUUGAAUUUAGAAAAGCUACUAUAAAUGAAUUGUGCUUAACUGGGCUAAGACUGCUAGUAUUCUAACACUUUCAUUUUGAAUAAGUGCAGGCUUUUAGCACAUGGCUUAGUGCAGUGUGUGUAGCAUUCGUGCUUUCGUAUCUUUUAGAAUAUGCGUAAGAACUUUUCAAUUGAAUCUUGCAGCAUCUCUCCUGUUUAAGUGCGAACACUGCUUUUUGAGCACUUAUCGUGAGUAUCGAAACUUGUUGAGCUGACAGUCAUCGUUUCUGCUAGCUUGUUUUUAGCUGACGAUUUUUACAGGUGACAUGGAUUACUGUGUAAUGCAUGGGUAAAAUUCGUGGUAUGCAUUUUUUUUGCAGGCAGGUAUCUUUUAGAAUCUGUUCAUUAUGCUGAAUGUGAAAAGUCACUUCAGCAUAUUUUAAACACAAGUUUUGCCAUGGCUUAGUGUUUUACCAUACAGACAGGAAAUGAUUGUGUCAGGAGAAACCUGUAUGGAACCGUAGUUAGUUUUAUAAGUGGCUCAGUUGUGGCAGGUGUGUUUAGCAUUGUGAGGUGUAGGGACCAUGGGAGUCUUUGUAUUACCUGUCAUGUUGCUGUUAGGGCCCAAAUAUUUUGUUUUGUGCAACUUUUGAAAUGUGAUAGGUGUCCCGAGUCCAGUUCUCUUUUCUCCUUUAUUGGGAUGGUAAAGGCAUUUCGGAGGCCGUACUAUGGGAAACUGCAUUUUGUGGACCGAACGCUGUGACCAAAGUAAGGCACAAUUUCAUAGCAUUGAACUGAGUUUUGGUUUGACAUCCUUUUUGUACGAUAAGAAUAAAGGUUGAAAUAAACAAGCCUCUGAAACUGUU